AUGGAGUCGAGUGAAGGUAAUCGACAAAUUAAACCGAUUACUCUCGUUAUUAGGAAAGAUUGCAAAAUCAAGUUAUUAGGAAAGAGUGCGAAAGUUUGCAAAAUGCAAUUGCGGCGGAAAUGUCGUCAGCCUAAAUGCCUUGUCCGCAAUUUCACAACGCAGUGUUCGCACGCUUCAGAAAAGCCGAAUUUCAUUUUUUUUCCAAUCAAAACCAUGGCCUUUCCAUUCGAUAUUCUACAUUCUGAAAUUAUCCGAACAGCUUUGGAAGGCGAACAGGAACGAUGUGAAGCGAAGGAAAAGUUCGGAUCGGUAGGAACUCACUGAAAUCCAAAUUUAAAACUGCUACUCGUAUUUCAGAUUAUUGAAAACCUCACGGGACCGGCAGACAUUGAAAAGUAUGACAGCUUGGUGCAAAAAGCGUUUCUUCAUGUCUGUUUGCAAAAUUGUUUCGUAAUUCAUUCAGUUUUUGCAGUCGAAUGCAGAAACAAAACUGGAAGCGAUUGGAUUUCGAGUCGGAAGGCAGCUGGUGGAGAAAGUGUCGAAAGAGACGGCAAAACUUGUCACGGAACUUGAAGUAAGUUUUAUACGAAAAAGGUUUAGUACGGGUUUACCCGCCGGUAAAAGUAUCUACGAGUAACGUAGAAUGAGGGCAAAGGAAUAGAAUUCAAGAUCGAUAACAUUCUAGAGCAAAAACACGUAAAUGUUAGCUGAUCUAAUAAGGAGAUAAAGACUAGGAGAGGCGUGUGGAGAAGUCAGAUAGAAAAUUACGAAAAAAAAAUCAUAUCGAAAACUAUUGGUUUUCUGCACUGCUCAGUGUCGGUCGAUCGAGAAAAAAUUACACAAGAAACGAGAAAAGCAAUCGAAGAGGCCGCAUGUUUCGCGCUGCGCGCGUAGAUCAAGAACGGGUCUCGCAGCGAUUCGACAGAAUGAGUGUACGCAGUGCGGCCUUUUGGGAUGGCAGGCAGGGCAGGGAAAAAAGAGAAGAUCGUUCGGCAGAGAAAUCUCUCCCGAUGCUGAUGGAGCCAGACGGCGGUGCGGCUCUCGCGAGAGCAUGUAUGACCGGGUCAGUGACCGUUCACCCUAUCGGAUCGUCGGAUCCUGAGAUAUGUGGAUCAUUGGCCGAUUUUUUCUAAAGACCCCGGGCUUCCGGCCAAUUUCGGCCAAUGAUCCACAUAUCUCGGGACCAGAUGAUCCGAUCGGGCUGAAACUUGGUCCCAGUAUGCUUCAACCCAUGUCCAAGAAGCCUGCAAAGUUUGGGUCCGAUCGGAAUAUUGCAAGUGGUUCAAAGGUCCAGGUCAAGGACCGGCCAACGAAAAGCCCGUGCCGGCCAAUUGCCCAGCCCUGGAAACACGUAUUCGUAGUUUGGUAUCGCGUUCUGCGGUCCUCUCCAGUCUGACGGACCAUUUGGCCAGGACGACGCUUUUUGUCUUUCAGAUUGUGAAAUUCAUCUGCAAAGAUUUCUGGUCGACUGUCUUCGGAAAACAAGUCGAUAAUCUGCGAACGAAUCACCAGGUAACCUCAGUUAACAUCAAUUUUCACUGAACAAACAACUUUCUCAGGGUGUCUACGUUGUACAGGAUGGCCGAUUUUCAACUCUUCGCAGCUUUCCGGAAGGAGAUCAGUACGUCAAAGAGAGCGCAUACUUUCUCGCUUUCCCCUGCGGUCUUCUUCGUGGAGCACUUGCCGGACUCAACAUCAGAGCAGUUGUGACGCCGACGAUAGAGAGUGUGCCUUCAGUCAAAUUCCACAUUCAAAUACAGGGAAAAUAG